ACAAUACUCGGUUCAUUUUUAUUUAUUCUAUUUACAUACUUUUUCCGUCUCAUAUGUCAUAAUUUAAUUUAACUGGACACAAAAUUUAAAAAAUAAGAAAAUAUCUUAAUAAUACUUAUUUAAUUUUUUAUUAAAUAUAUACUAUUAUUUUUUUAAUUAAAUAAAAUUUUAUAAAUGAGAUUAGUAAAAAUAAAAAUAAAAUUAUAUCUUUAAAUAAUUAAAUAAAAAUAAAUAAUAUUAUUUUUAAUAAAUAAAAAAGAAAUAACAACAUAUAAAAUAAGCUGAAGGGAGUAUGAAUUAAGAAUUUUAGCAUAUUACUCUUUAUAUAUACUCAUAAAUUUAAUAUUUUAAAAAAACAUAUUACAUAAUAUAUCGUAUUUAAUAUUAAAACUAAAUCGACAAAAAUAAAUCAUUCACUAAAUAAAUAUUAUUGAAAUAAAUUACAUAAUAUAUUUAAUGUUAAGGUUAAAUUAAUAAAAAUAAAUUAGAAACUGAAUAAGUAUUAUUUUAAUUCAAAAAUAGAAAAUAAGUAAAGAUAGACGAAAAGAAUAAUAAUAAUAAUUUAUUUAUUAGUUUAGUUAUAAUUAUCGGUUGCAAUUUUUGACCUCAUCAAUUUCUCUCUUCUCUCUACUUUCUCUCUCUCUACUUUCUCUCUCCGUCGUAGCGGUCGUCGACGGCGGCUCUUCUUCCUCCUCCUCCUUCUCUAUACCUUUCAUGGAAAACGGACCGCCGCAGCCGUCAGGAAGUAGCCCACCACCAAAACCCUGGGAAAGAGCUGGGUCUUCUUCAGGCCCUGCACCGUUUAAGCCUCCCUCUGCUGGUAGCACAAGUGACGUAGUAGAGGCAUCCGGAACAGCCAGGCCUGGUGAGAUUGUUACAACUGCUAAUCGGAAUACAACUGUUAAUAAUAACACACUUGCAAGGCCUGUGCCUACUCGACCUUGGGAGCAGCAGCAAACUUACGGUAGCUCGUACGGAGGAAUUAAUACAGGUAUGAAUUAUAAUUCUGGAUAUGGAACUGGAAUGUAUGGUUCCUCUUAUGGUGGUGGCUAUGGAAGCACAUACGGAAGUGGUUUGUAUGGAAAUAGUAUGUACAGAGGAGGUUAUGGUGGACUUGCAGGUGGCAUGUAUGGUGGAGGAAUGUACAAUAGUGGAUAUGGUGGACCAAUGGGCGGUUAUGGCAUGGGCAUGGGCGGUAUGGGUGGCAUGGGGAUGGGACCCUAUGGAGACCAAGAUCCAAAUAAUCCCUAUGGUGCUCCAUCUUCUCCACCAGGCUUCUGGGUCUCCUUCAUGCACGUGAUGCAAGGUGUUGUAACUUUCUUUGGCCGCGUCGCAAUGUUGAUAGACCAGAAUACCCAGGCAUUUCACAUGUUCAUGUCGGCACUACUCCAGUUGUUUGAUCGCUCGGGGUUAUUAUAUGGAGAGCUAGCAAGAUUUGUGCUGAGAUUGCUGGGGGUCAAAACAAAGCCCAACAAAGUUCACCCCCCGGGCCCUAAUGCACAUCCUGGCCCUAAUGCACUUCCCGGUCCAUCCCAACCUCACGGGAAUCAGAAUGUUAUUGAGGGGCCUAAGGCUGCUCCAGCUGCUGCAUGGAACGAUGUGUGGGGGGAUAAUGCACAGUGAUUUGGAGUAGUGUCUUCCAAAUAUCACCUACCGUCAAAGCCAAUGACAACAGGUUUUGCAGUCUGUAAAAGCUUACAGUAUAGAUAAGAGCUAUGCUAGUAAUACUCGUAUAUAGAGCCAAUCUACCAACCGUGCUAGAUCGGCCUGCUGCAUUUAAAUGAAUAAUAAUCUCUUUACUCCCCCACCCUUCUACCACCCCACCCCAACCAAAUUGUGUGGUAUAGUAGGUUGUUAUCGAUCAAUGUGCACUCAGGUUUGGAGACCAACAAUAUCAUUGUAGAAGUGAUGUGGUAUGAUUUCUAUUGAUUGGUGAUAGAUGUUUCAUUCUUA